AUGGAAAAGGGGGAGAAUGUUCCUGCCUUUGUCCGGUUAGACUGUGAGCCCUUUGGGGCACGGCCUGGCUCCCACGCUGCACGGGACAAUGGAAUCCAGACAGUGUGUGGCCAGGGGGGGCCCCAGGACCGGAUCGUGGCGGGAGAGGACGCCCCGCGGGGGGCCUGGCCCUGGCAGGUCAGCCUGCAGUAUGAGAACCGCCACAUCUGUGGGGCGACCCUCAUCAACUCGGAGUGGGUGCUCAGCGCUGCACACUGUUUUCCCAAGCAUGCGGAGCUGUCUCGGUACCGAGCUGUCCUGGGCUCCCACCAGCUGUCGAUCCCAGAGCCCGGCUCCCUGCGGCUGCCCCUGUCCCGCGCCGUGGGCCACACACUCUACUCUGGGGAGGGCUCCAGCGGAGACAUCGCCCUGGCCCAGCUGGGCCGCCCCGUCACCUUCACCUCGCAGGUGCUGCCCGCCUGCCUCCCAGAUGCCGGGGUCCACUUCCCCGCCGGGACCCUCUGUUGGGUUACUGGCUGGGGGUCGCCACAAGAGGGAGCCCUGCUCCCAGCCCCCAUGACGCUGCAGCAGCUGCAGGUGCCCCUGAUCGACCCACUGCCCUGUGAUGCCCUUUAUCAGCGCCGGAGCGCCAUGAGGGAGAUCCAGGACGACAUGGUGAGUGGCAUGAGGGAGAGGCGAGGAGCUGCUCAGAGGGGAUGGGUGAUGGGCUGGGGGGCGCUGCAGCUCCUCGUCCUGGCCGGGCUGAUUGGGACGGCUGCCAGCAUGUCGGAUCCCCACGGGAAAGGCUGCGACGAGAUGGACUCGCAAUCCAGAGCGUGUGGGUGUAUGCCCGUCGCCUCUCCGCCUCGGAGCCUGGGCGUCAGCUCCAUGCACGGAGAAGGCACUUGUGGGGCUGGGAAAGCCGAGGGCCCUGAACAGGUUCCCAGCACCCACAUGACCCGGUCCAAUAGAGUAUGUGGCCGCCCCAGAGCUCAGUACCGGAACGUGGGGGGUGAGGAUUCGAUGGAAGGUGAGUGGCCCUGGCAGGCGAGUCUGCUCUGGUACAACAAACAUCUGUGCGGGGGAUCCCUCAUCUCCAACCAGUGGGUGGUGACGGCAGCUCAUUGCUUCCAACGGAGUAUGAACACCUCCAACUACAUGGUGCUGCUGGGAGUCAACAAGUUGGCCAACAGUCAACCUCACAAGCUGUCCUUGGGCGUGAGACGCAUCAUCCGCCACCCGAAAUACUCAGGGGAAUCUUCCAGCGGGGACAUAGCCUUGGUGGAGCUGGAGAGACCCAUCCAAUUCACCGAUUAUAUCCUCCCCAUCUGCCUCCCAGCUGCCUCUGUCCAGUUCCCAGCAGGCACAAAAUGCUGGGUGACGGGCUGGGGCAACAUCCAGGAAGGAGAGGACCUGCCAGCUCCGCAGACCCUCCAGAAGCUUCAGGUGCCCAUUAUAGACCAGAAGACCUGCAGAUAUCUCUACAACACGGCGCUGGGGGAGAAGUUCCCACCCAAGGCCAUCCAGAAUGACAUGAUGUGUGCCGGGUAUGCUGAGGGCAUGAAGGAUACAUGCAAGGGGGACUCCGGCGGCCCGCUGGUCUGCAAGGCCUCCAAGGAGUGGCUGCUGGCCGGGAUCAUCAGCUGGGGCGAAGGCUGUGCCAUCAAGAACCGCCCCGGGGUCUACAUCCGCCUCACCUCCUAUGAGGCCUGGAUCCACGACCACAUCCCCGACAUCGAGUUUGUGCCAGAGGAGAAGGGGAGGAACAUGUUCGGGAACGCCGGGGCUGGCUGGGCCGGGAGGACCAGCAUGACCACCUGGCUGCCACUGCUCAUGGGGCUUCUCCUCAUGGAGGUCUAG